AUGCACUCCCCCACUCUCACCCAACACUUUAACGCUACGUGCCCCCGCCACGUCUCUCUCUCGCACGUGUCUCAUCGCUCGUGUCGUCUCUCCCCCACUAUUUCUAUAAACCUAACCUCCUUCCUUCACCUCCGCUGCCUGUCUUCUCCCUGCUUCUCCAUCCUCUUUCACAUUCACUCUCCCUUUCCAAACCCUAAACACACCAAAAUGGAAUCCAAGGGAGGUUGUUGCAUCACCAAGUGUCAAACGCAUGCUGCACACCACAUCUCCAAGGUCCAUACAAUAAUGUUGCGCUUCCGUCCCAUCGCCCCCAAACCCCUCUCCGCCGCCGCUCUUUCCGACGCUUCUUCCUCCGAGAGCGCCGCCGAUGCCUUCUCCAGAUCCGCCGGACCUAAACGAAAGCGCGCAAAAGGCAACACUAACACCAACACCAAGCGCUGCACUCGGAGGAGAAACGCCCCUCCUCCUCCACAUCCGCCUCCUACGCCACCGCCAACGACGCUACCUCUGCUGCCGGAGACCCCGGUUCCGAAGAAAACCAUCUCCGGAGAAGGUCAGAAGAACGCGCCGGUGUGGCUCAGCUUCGGGGACCACGGUGGUGCUGCUGCUUCGGUGGAUCCUUACUGGUUUCCGCCGCCUGCGGUGGCGGGAACCGUGGUGAUGAUGGAGUGCGUGACGGACACGUGGCGGGAGGACGAUGAGCGGUUGGGGAGUGGAGACGAAGAGCGGAAGGUUAAACUGGAAGCGGACACGUGUCCAGGGUUUAUAUCGGACGGUUACGGGAGGGUGACGUGGACGAAUGGUGCGUACAGGGAAGUGGUGGGAGAGGGAGGAGUAUGGCUGGCCAUGAAAGUGAGCGUAGCGUAUCCGUGCCGAGGGUUCACGUGCUGGGUGAGGGUGCAGUACGCGUGUGGGACAGAGAGAACGGUACCAUGUGAUGUUUGGAGAAUGGACUCCGGUGGCUUUGCCUGGAGGUUAGACGUUCAAGCCGCUCUUACCUUGACCCUAGCCUUGUAA